UAAUGUUUAAUGUUUAAUUGUCAGGGAAUGUCAAAGUUGCAUGUUCUCCUCUUACCAGAUGUUUCAUCCGUUUCCAUUUCUAUAUCUUUUAGAGAAAUGAUAAAGGCUCUGAACCCUAAGUACAAAGCCCCAAACAGAGACAGUUUAACCAACCACUUGAUCCCUGCUUGGUAUGCAGUCGAAAAGGCAAAUCUGAUUUCUCAGCUGAAACAUGUGUUGAAGGCAGCCUUCACUGCAGAUGGAUGGACAAGUUUUACUCAAGAUCAUUACCUCACAGUAACGCUGCAUUAUGUCAGGAAUGGCCAGACUCAUGAAAAAGUCCUCAAAACCAAACCAGUGUACCAGGCACAGACAGGGACAGCUGUAGCAGAGGAGAUUGAUGAGAUCUUGGAGGAAUAUGGUAUCAAAGACAAGGUUGUGGCAGCCACUGUUGAUAAUGUGGCCAACAUGGAUGUGGCUGUCAAAAAGCUGCAAAUUCUCAAGUUCCCAUGCUUUGCACACACCCUGAACCUUGGAGCUCAGAAGCUCUACAACUGUCCUGCCAUUUCCAACUGGGUGGCAAGAAUUCGCUCUGUGAUUGUAUGGAUGAAGAGGUCCCACAUGGCAAAAGUGGUCCUGAAGGAGAAGCAAGAGUUGCUCAAGCUGCCCAAGCAUAUGCUGCUCCUAGAUGUAAAGACCAGAUGGAACUCUUUGUAUUUGAUGAUGGAGAGAUUCUGCGAGCAGUUUCCUGCCAUCCAGGCUGCAGCCAUCGAUCCACGGAUAAGAAAGUCCAUAGAAAAGGAAAGACUGGCUAAAAUGGGCAAUGAUGACUUAAGAAAAGCAGAGGAGUUUGUGGUACUCAUGCGGAAGCACUACAUCUCCACACUAGCAGUGUCCAGUGACAAAAGUCCAACCUGUGGUGAGAUUUUGCCCAUCCUGCAAAAGCUACAGCAACACUACACCGUACAAGAAGAUGACUCUGCCUUCACAAGGAGCAUAAAGGAGAACAUUUGGAAAGAUCUUUCCAAACGAUACCAGGACGCUGAUAUCAAGAGCUUCCUGGAGGAGGCCACCAUCUUGGACCCCCGAUUUAAAUCCAAAGUGGAUAAGGAUGAAGUCUGGCACAGGAUCAGGGAAGCAGCAAUUGCAGCAAAGACAGAGGCAGGAGCAGAUGAGCACCUGGAGCCAGGACACACACAGGGAGAGUUGUUCGAAGAUGAGGAUGAAGAAGACUAUGUGCCACCAGUAAAGCAAAAAAAAAAAAAAAACGGCCUUGGAGGAACUCUUUGAAGAAGAGGACAACGAGCUGCAGUCAUUCCAACAACGGCAGCCGAUUCUUUCCCUGACCCAGAGAGUGGAUCAGGAGAUCCAGCUGUAUAGAAGCCUAACCCCCAUCCACUGCAAGGAUAACGCCGCCCUAUGGUGGUGGAGCAAGAGAGAGACUCUGCCCCUGCUGUCAGCACUGGCUGAAAGGUUUCUAUGUGUGCAGGCAUCCUCCACCCCGUCUGAGAGGGUGUUCUCCACAGCUGGAGAGACCAUAAGUCCAGAAAGAUCACGUAUCCUUCCUGAAAAAGAAGAUAUGCUUAUAUUUCUGCAAAAGAAUCUUUAAUUCUCCAUAGUUGAUGGAUGCAGAAUUGCAAAGUGCACAGUUCCAUUGGACUUGAGUUGAUUGUAUUUUUUGCUGGCUGAUAUAGUUUUAUUUUUGAGUGCCCAGCUCAUAUAUACUUUUAAAAAGGAGAGUGUGAAUGUUACUGGACUUUCUUGUGUAAUUGCCACUGAAUAAUUUAUGUUAUACUUUGUUAUUGCUAUAACAGAAUAUUUAUUUUAUUAUUAUUUUACAUUUACAACUUUUUUUUUCUGGGGUCCUCGUGGCACCCCAUUGUGGAUCGCUUAAGAUCUCACUGUUAGGUUUGUAAGGUUAUGCUAUUCCUACAUUUCUGUCUUGUUCAAAGAUAAGAUAUAAAACAAAGUUCAAAGCUAAUCAA